AUGCAGCCCUUCGACGAGAUAUCAACCGCGGAGCUAGGGAUUGAGGACGAUGUUCUAGAUCGUGACAUGUCAUCGCAGGACCACUACCUAAACGGUGUCCCAAAAUGGAUGAGACCAUCCGGGUCAGGUUCUCAGACAACAACUCUUGGCCGGAUCCGCCAUGAUGUCCUGCCCACUGUCGCCAAAUGGGUCACAGCGACCGUUCGCCGUCUCACCCCGGUGAUAGUAUCCCUCCUCCGGCCACGCCUGACGGCCCGCUACAUAACCUUCUCCAUCGCAGCGUUGUGGGUGACAUACCGCAUCCUAGCAUCACAGCCACUCCUCUCAAACCGGCUCCCCGGAUACACCGGGCCAUAUGGCGUGGGAGCGUUGGACAUUGAGUACCCCCUCGAGACACCCAGGCGGGUCAGUGACGCAAAGUUCAAAUCAAAAUCGGACGGCGACUAUGCGUUCGAGGUCGAGACGGUGCUGUUCACGUUCUACUACCCAAUCUCGCACAAGGCCAGGGGCUCCGCGGCGGACAAGUACUACUGGUUCCCCAAGCCCGUGUCUGCCACGGCAAAGGGCUAUGCCCGAUUCCUGGGGAUGGACAACUUCUUCUUCCGAGGUCUCCUCACCGCGGGCCUGUGGCUCGUGGCCAGCGGGAUCCAGAUCCCAGCUGAGGUCGGUGCGCCUCUUAUCCCAGCAGCCGAACUCAUAAACAUCGACGGGACCGGUGGCGACCUGGCGGGCAGUCUGACGAACACCGGCAAGGCCGAGGGAGGAGGGAAGCUGCCCGCCAUGAUCUUCACCCACGGCAUGCUCAGCUCACGGACGGACUACACCCACUACCUAGGCGAGCUGGCCAGCCGCGGCGUCAUCGUCGCAGCGAUCGAGCACCGCGACGGCUCGUCCCCCGCGAGCCCCAUCAUCAGGGCCGGCGAGGAGCAGGGCGCAGCACCGCGGUGGAGAUACGCGUUCGGCCUGAAGGACCUAGCACCCCCGGAAGAAGGCGACGACGCCUUCGACACCGCGGCGCUCAAAGAAGCCCAGCUGUCCUUCCGCGAGGCCGAGAUCGAGGCCGCCGUAGACGUACUCCGCGUCCUGGAUUCCGGCCCGCCGUCGCCGUUCCCCAACUCCCGCGCACCGCGCAACACAGACAUAGACAUGUCGGCGUUCAGGGGCCGCAUAAACACCGAGGCCCUCACCAUCGCCGGCCACUCGUACGGCGGCACGGGGGCCCUGCGCGCGCUACGGCCACCAACAUCAAGAUCAACGUCAACACCACCCAGGCUCCCCUUCUCCGGCGGCGUGAUCCUCGACCCGGGCAAGUCCAGCGGCCCCCUGAACGCGGACGUCCGGGUGCCGCUGGCCGUCAUCCACAGCAGCGAGUGGAGCAAGCCCGGGCCGAGCCUGUUCUACGGGCGGCCGCACUUCGACGUGGUCCGGGACAUUGUGGACGGCGUCAACAACCACACGACGACGACGACGACGACAAGCGGUGCUCCCUCUGAGAAGCCAGGGGAGGACGACGACGAAAGCGGAUCAGGCGGGGGCUGGUUCCUGACCUCACUGGGGACCGCCCACCCCUCCAUCACCGACGCCCCGCUGCUCGAGCCGCUGGUGCUGUCGUGGGCGACGGGGUCGGCCGUGGACGCCCGCGACGGCAUCAUGCAGCACGUGCUCGCCACCAGGGACUUUGUGCGGUAUCAGCACACGGGCGAGCGGCGCGGGGUGCUGGGCCUUUCGGGGAGGCCCGUCGAGGACGGCGGUGCCGCGAGCAGGGAGUACGACCCUGGCCACAACGAGGGGAUGCCGAAGCCAUGGCGUGAGUACUGGCAGAUCCAUGUUGCGCCCGAAUGA